AUGAAACUUUCUGCUUUGAUAGCCAUCUUGGCUUCUAUCCAAGCGGCAUACUGCCAGAAAUGGCAGCCAAUUGAUGAAUCCCGCUUGUCAAAAUCUUCAUUCUUCGACCAGUUCGACACUACCUCACUUGACAAAUCAGGCUGGAUACCUUCUGUUGCCUCCAAAAGCGACGGAGCACCCUAUUUGGGCAAAUGGACGUUGGAGCCUUCAAGAAUCUACGGUGCUUACGAGAAUGACUUGGCGUUGACCAUGGAUACGGAAGCUGCGUUCUACGCUAUCUCCAAAAAGUUGCCUGUAGUGCUUCAGAACGAAAACCAAGACUUGGUGGUUCAGUUUGAGGUGAAAUUCCUGGAGCCCGUGAGCUGUGGAGGUGCCUAUAUCAAGCUUUUAAGUAAGGGUCUGGACUUGGCCAAUUUCAAUGACGAGACGCCUUUCGAGGUGAUGUUCGGUCCGGAUAUCUGUGGAAGUGAGAAUAAAGUAUACUUUAUCGUCAAGAAAAAAGUAGGUGACGAGGUGAUUGAAAGCAAGUUGCGUACACCUCCAAUGGCUAGAAACAACCAGUUGUCUAAUUUGUACACCUUGGUGAUUCGCAAGAACCUUGAUGUGGAGCUCCGAAUCAAUGGUGAGGUUGCAAAGGCUGGAAACGUGCUCAACACGCCACAUUUCAUGGAACCACCUCUCACGUUGCCCGAGUUAAUUCCUGAUACUAAUGCAGUGCAGCCAGAGGACUGGGAUGACAGGAGAUACAUUUUUGACCAGAGUGCUGAAAAGCCAGCUGAUUGGGACUUAAAGCACGGGCUUAUGUGGGUUCCAAAUCCCGAUGUGGUCAAGCCAAGCCUCUGGAAUGACGAUGAAAAUGAGGAGGAGUUCAUUCGUAAUCCAGACUCUGUCAAACCUGCUGAAUGGGAUGACGAGGAAGAUGGAGAAUGGAGGGCCCCAAUGAUCCGCAAUCCCAAGUGUCUUCACGGGUGUGGCAAGUGGGAGGCUCCUAAGAUUGUUAACAAGGACUAUAAGGGUGAGUGGACGCCCCCAGGGAUUGAAAAUCCUGACUAUCAGGGCGAGUGGAAGCCUCCGAUGAUCAAGAAUCCAAACUAUGAUUCCGACGUGGACAAGCACAUCACCCCUGUGGAUGCCAUGGGCAUAGAGGUGUGGAGCAUGCACUCAGGAGUGCUGUUCAACAAUAUUUACUUAGGAAAUUCUGUGGAGGAAGCUGAGUGGAUUGGAAAUGCCACGUAUGUUCCAAAACUGGAGCUUGAGAGAGCAAACUUUGAGGUCAACAAGCCCAAGCCUAAGCAUCAGCCCAAGCCACCACCAAAGACUUUUGAAGACAUGCUCAAUGACGAUGGAGUAUCACAGUUCCGCGAGUUUGUGGAAUUUCUCCGGGUUCUCUUUUGGAGAAAGGUGUUUGCUGUGAAAGACUUGUGGCACGAAUUUGAGAGAGCACCAAUUCCGUUCAUUACGACGCAUCCAUUUAAGUUUGUGCUUUCAUGUAUACUUUUCCUUUUCGUCUUCACGAUUGUCUUCGGUUUGAUCAACGUGGCAUUCUUUUUGUACGUGAGCAACCCUCAGGAGACCAAACAGGAGGAGCCAGAAGAGAAACCAAAGAUUGAGGAGCUUACAGAGGAGGAGAUUAUUGCACAAAUUACAGGCAAAAGUACAGGAGCUAGUGUUGUACAGACCAAAGCGACUAGAAGAACUUGA